AUGACGAAUCCGUGGAACUACGUGUCUGCCAUGUUCUGUGGAUUUUUCGUCAUGAGCCAGUUGUACCCCAUGGUCAAGAAGCGUGUUCCCGAGUCCAGCGGCUGGGACCAUACUGCUGCCACCUUUACGGUGAACAUGUUUGGCUUGUUGCUCGUGGUCUACAGUGUAGUCUUCGUGAAGCUAUGGCAAGCCUACUACGCGGGCAAUCUCCAGGUGGCCCAAGGCAUCGUAGCAGGCACGAAUGACCCGGUGGCGGCGAAGACGAACUGGACGCACCGGAUUGUGACGAGAAGCGGUGGUGUGGUCUAUCUGGCGAGCCGGAGACGCGCUCGCAAGUGCGCGCUGUCGUCGACGCUUUCCCUCUAG